GCUGCGUUGAUUUUUUACGCGUAUACUUAUUAAACUUUUGCAAGCAUGCAUAAAAAUUUUUUGCAUUUCUUAUAAUAUAUUUUAAUAUAUUUUUAAUAUAUUUUUUGUUUUUUUCAAUUUCUCUUAUAUUCUCAUAAUUAAAUACGCGUUUAUUCUUUUACUGUCCAACUAUACUAAAUUUUUUAUCGUAUUUGAAAGAAAAUAGUUUUUAAAAAUACGUUUGUAAAGCCUAAAAAAUUCAAAAAAUUUAAAUUAUCUCGUAUUGAUAUAUGGAAUGAAAUGUAAAGCGGGAAUCAAAUGUAAAAAAGAAAAGUAGGAAAAAUGAAGUGUCAUCGACCACAAUAUAUUUCCUUGCUUCUGCAAGUAAUUUUUUUCGUAAAUUGUCUCGCGGAAAAUCUGAUACUUGAUGUAAACUUCAAGAAACCAAUCGCAGUAACCAGCGAUGCAUUUCUCAGUUUUACUCUGGAUCCAGUAACAUUGCUAAAGAGCACCGAUGUUUUCACCACAAACAUCGAGAGAACCACAAAUAUGGCACAAGCUUUGGCACCCGCUUAUGUUCGCCUCGGAGGACCACAAAGUAACUCCCUUUUUGAGCAAGCGUACAUGCAUGAUGAAACUGACACAUCUUUCGGAAUACCAACGUAUCAGUGGAGACUCAUACAAUGGGCACAGAGCAUCGGAUUAGAUGUAAUCACAUGUGUUGCGCCUCGCUACAUCGAAUCAAAAAUACAUUCUGAGGAUGCGUCGAGUAUAGCCGAGUUACUUUCCUUCAGCGAUGAAAUGGGUUAUAACAUCAACUGGCAAUUGGGUUACGAAUGCCAAACAAGAUGUGACUUAUCCGGCGAAGAACUGGGACAAUACGUUGCAAAAUUACGCGAAAUACUGAAGACUAUCCCGAGAUAUUACGAUAGUUUAAUCACGGGCCCAGACAUUGUGGCGUAUAAAACAACGCAACAACAAAAAUAUCUUCGAGAUUAUUUAAAUUCAGCGGAUUCUGCGCUUUCAGCAAUCACGUGGCAUCCCGACUUUGCCAGCGUUUCUUUAAAUAAUGACAGCAUUUUCAUCGAUUAUGACACCCUAGUUGCCGAAAAGGAUGAAAUGUACAAAAUCAUCAGUAACAUAGCAGGAAAAAAACCAUUAUGGAUUGCGGAGUCAAAACCGGAAGAAACUAAGCAUCAAUAUUUAGGAGCGCUCAUGUGGGCGUGGAGACUUGGAAAUGCUGCGAAGCUUGGCGUACAAGUUAUGAUGAGGCAACUAACAAACUUUAAAAUAGCUCCCGAUUAUUGGGUAUCUUUAUUGCAUAAGACUUUAGUGAGCCCUCAAGUUUUGGAGACUAGAUUUGAAUCCAACAACGAGAAUUAUGUGCAUUUUUACAGCCAAUGCACAAAACCUUCCGCACUAUACAAAAAAGGAGCUAUCACGAUUUUUGGUGUAAAUCUGACACCAAGAGAAAUAACAGCUAAUCUAACAGAUUUCAAAAUCAAAACUCUUCACAAGUACAUUUUAUCUCCAGAUUCUGAAACCGGCAAGAAAAUGUUUUCAGAAAAAGUCUUGUUAAAUAACAAGCCACUGAAUUUGAUAAACGACGAAGAGCUGCCUGACCUGAAUCCGGAUGUCAUCAUUGAUUCUGACGGCUUAAAACUAGAGCUUUCGUCUGGGGAAAUAGGUUUCUGGGUUAUACCCGAUGCUAAGGUGAAAGCUUGCAUUUAUCCAGAAGAGGAAACAGCUGAGAACGUUAGAAAUUUAUCAAAACGAUAUAGUAGUAUUAUCUACCAAGAUAAUCAAGAAGAAAAUGAUAAAAACACAAAUAAACCUAAUUUAAAAACUCGAAAGAUGUACACAAGACUGGAAAGAAGAAAACAAAAAAACGCGGACAAGAAAGAAGCUGAAAAUGAACAGAAAAUGUUAAAUACCAAAUUUUUAGAAAAAAUAAAAAAAUUUAUACAAAGAAAGCUGUACAAAAAAGUACAGAAAGAUGAUUCUUCAAACCGACAAAAAUCAAUGACAAUUGUUUUCGAUGAAACACAAGGAAGUUCAUCCGAAGAGACAGAAAAACAGCAAAAUGUGGGCAACAGAAAUUUGAAGGAAACCGAAGUUGAUGAUUUUUUGAAAAAGCUUGAGGACAUCCGAGAUACAUUAAGAAAGUAUGAACAUAUUUUAAUGGAGAAGAAGAAUCUACUGAAAUCAGAACAUGUCGAAGAUUUCGAGUCCGAAAUACAAAGCAUCGACAAUAUUGUGAUCCUAAUAUCGAAGAUCGACACCUUGCUCCAAUUUGAUGAAGAAAAAGUUAUUUUAAAUGAAUUUGAUGCAAGAAAAAUCAUUCACAAAGAAGUAUUGAUAAAACGAGGAAAUAAAAAAUUUAAAAAACUCUUAAACGAAUUAGAAAAUUCUAAAACAAAAAAAUCGGAAAUCGUAAUUGAGAAAGUAGAAAAAUUCUUCGAUAUAUUUUAUAAUUUAUUAAAAGACGACGAAUUAAAUAAAAAUGAUGAAAAUAAUAGAAAUAAUGAGAUUCUUGUAUUCGAGGAAGAAAGCAGAUUCAAAAGAGACUUAAAUGGGAAAUCGGAAGAUUCUGGAAAAAUCAAAAUACUUGGAAAGCACUCGCGAAUAGACGAUUUAAAAAAUCAUAUGGUCAAGCGAAAGAAAAACGACGAUAGAAAAGAAGUAAUUACGUCUGAUAAUCCUGAUAAUCCAAUAAGGAAUUUUAACAAUGAUAAGAGUAACUUUCAUAAUUUAUUUUGGCGAAAUCCUGUUAAAAAAUUCUUUAAAAACGACGCUUUAGCUCCUCAUUAUACCAAUUAUCCACUUUCGUUGCAGAAGCAUAAAAGAAUAAAAAAAGACAAUAUCUGGAAGUUUUCAAAACUCGACGACGUACAGGAUUAUCAGAGUUCGACGGAGGAAUUUGAAAGAGCGAAAAGAGACAUGACCAAAAAGUUCGUCGAGAUAGGUCUGAGGAAAGAUAAUAUUUUCAGGAAACGUUCGCGAAUCGACGAUGUGAGGGAUCACAUAAACGAGAGAAAAUUAAAGCGGAAGGAUGAUUUUAGAAAGGAAGGAUUGCUGACUCCUUUCAAUCCAAGGACCGACAGCGGCGAAAACAAUUUCUACGGCUUCUUCCGGCAGGAUCCGAUCAGAGGGUUCCCUGAGAAUGACGUUUUUGUCACCACGGGUGAUUCGUCGGAGCAAAAUGACAAAGAUUACGACUAUGUCGAAGAUGAAGAUGAUAACAGUGCGAAAAAACAGAAUACACAGCAGGAACAAAUAUCAACAGUGGAAGACACACGGAUAGAAACCGGAGAAAGCGACUACGUGCCGAACGAAUUUUUCGAAAGUGUCACGUUAUCAAAUCCAAGAACUCAAGGAAGCUUGAAAAAUUGUGAAGAUUUAUGGGAAGCGGAAUCUAUCCUCGAAUCCAACAAUAACAAGGAUAAUAAUGAUAAUAAUAAUAAUGAUAAAGAAACGACUAUCCAUGAAGUUCUUCAAGAACAGCCACCUGGCGAAGAAGAGGAAAAGCGAGUCAGAGAGGAGACCAUGAAAAAGCUGGUUAACUAUUACGAAGAUUCCGAAGAGCAAGAAGACGAUCAAGAUAAGAGCUACAAAGCGCUUGCCUUCAAACAGUCUUCAACGCCUUUAGAUCAAAUUUUAAAAAUGCAAACUUAUCAAGCAUCAAAUAUAAAAUCCGAUAAAACCGACUGCUUUUCUAAACCUUUUGCCGCGUAUGUAGAAUAUUUUAUGCCCGACAGAAUGUUUCAUAAUAGAAGAGCUAAAAGAAGCAAUUGGAAUGAGCUUCAAAAAAUCUUUGCUGAGGAAAUGAUUAAGGCAGAUGAAGAAAACAUGAAAAAAUGCAAUUGUAGAAUCCGAGCCGCUGAUUCGCGGAAGAAACCUUGCUAUUGUCGCGUGAAGCGUGCUGCGCAAUUCGCAGAUUCUUCGGAAACUGAAAGUGUAAAUGCGGACAUCGCGCAAUUCGAGAGAAAUGUUCUAGAUUCUCUGACGAAAGAGGAAUAUGACACAAUUAUGACGGGAGAGAUACUUCCAAAUACAAGAGUUGCUGACUAUGAUAUAACUAAGGAAAUCGCAACCGCGGAACCAAGUAAAUUGGAGCGCGAACCGAGCGAUGUAACGGAAACGAUUGACGUUGCUGCAACAUCAACGAUGGACAAUUCGGGAACAAAUAAUAUUUUUGAGCAAUAUGAUAAUACGGAGGAAUCCACCACAUUGCCUGUGAACUCAGUUUCAGAAUUAGCCGUAAAAAAGGAUGACACAAUUACAAGAGAAAUGUUUUUUCGUGCCCAACCAACAAACAUUCGAUCGGAAACUGAGACAGCGACGUAUGAUUCUCCCAAGAUUGUUUCUGAGAUUUCUUCGGAGAAUAAGAGCAAUCAGGAAAAAUUUAUUGUCUCCGUUACGGAGGACGCCCAGGAAGCAAUCCGCGAGAAGACGCAAGGUCUCGUCAACAAAAAUGGAGAGACCGACAGCUCGACCGACAUAUAUUCAGCAACCACCGAAAAUCAAAAAAAGGAAAAACGACACGAUAAUAACGAUAAAACUAGUUUCCUAAAAUCCACUAAUCUCCUUGAGGAAGCAACGGAAAAAAUUGUCGAAGAGCAAAUGACGACGGCAACGAUGGUGUCGAAACGAGCGGUGGAUAAAUCAACUAACUCGAAAUCGAAAGAGCCAAAAACAAGACUAAAGUUACAACAAAACACAGAAAACGAUGAGGAAUGCGAAUCGCAAUUGAAAAAGCAUGUCGAAACAAAGAGGUUGAAAAACGCAUUGAAAAGCCUUCCUAAAGUGCCGUUGAAAGAACUCACGAAAUACGAAGAAAACUUAACAAAACGCGCCGGUCAGAUCGGCAAACUGAAAAAAAGACUAAACACGAGACGGAAGCAUUUAUUGCAUCAAUAUCGCGAUGAAUUGGCAAAGAUCGCGAACGAGGAAACGCGGAACUUGAGAAGGAGAGAAACGUGGGAGAAAUUUCGCGAGCACGAUGAUUUUUCACUGAUUGAUCAAGAUGAUUUAAUUAGAGUUUUAAUGAAUGAGGAAGAUACUUGCGAAGAUGACGAUGAGGAAGACGCAAUUCCUGUUUAUCUUUCUCCUAAACAAUACAACAAUCUUCUAGACCGAAUACAUACACUUGCAAAAAUGAAGAAAGUAAAUAGUCCGGAGCAAAGCAAAUACUAUAAAUUUCUUCGAUAUCUAAUCGAAGAUAAUGAAGAAGUAGAAGAAACGCCCAGAUCAGAUACGGCUCACAAGUUUCACGAAUGUUCUCCGAAAGUAAUCGAGGAUGAACAGGAAUCGGAGGAGGAUAAAGAAAUCCUCGAAUAUUUUGAUCGCAGAAUCUUCACAAUCGAUCCCUCAACGUAUCACGGCGGCGAACCGACUUUACAACUGCAUGAGGACUUGGAAAUUCCAAAAUACCGUACAAAGGUCAAAUCCCAAAUUCAAAAUCCAAUUUCGAGAUGGAUGCUAGGAAACAAUUAUCAAGCUUUUUCGAAAUUAAAUACUGACGGAAAUCGGCAUAAAACUUCUAAAGUACAAGAUUAUGUAAAGAAAUCAUUGGUCAAGGAUUGCCAAGAUCAAGAAAAUACUAACGUAUUAUAUAUUCUAAACACGCAAAGGCAAAAUGACUUACCGAAGGAUUUCACGGGACUUACACGAGUCUGGCUGCAACCUUCUGAUCGGCAGGAUGUCAAUCAACUUACAAACAAUAAAUCAACAAGUAAAUUUAACAAUAUUUAUAAAAAACUUGAGGAUGAAACAACAACCGAUUCCGAUUGUGAAAAAGAAGACUUAACACAUUCUGAAACAACUAACAAUGCUAAAACAGUUGUGAGGGCUAAAAAAUCUGAAACCAUUAAAUUGGCAAAAGAUGUAGAAACUAAACAAAACGUAGAAGAUGAUAUCUUAGUAACUGAAAAUAUCGAAGAUGCUGGAAAAAUGACAAAUGUUGAAAAUAUAAAUAUUAAAAUACAAAAGAAUAAAGAAGAGACACACUUGAAUAAAGAAGAAGGAAAUAUAAUACAAAAUAAAACAGCUGACAAUAUUGUAGAAAAUAAUAAAUCUUACAAUCCAAAUAAUAAAGUAAAAGAUAAUUUAAAUGUUAGAACGGCUAAUAAAAACAUUAAUAAAGCAGAUGAAGAUAUUGAAAAAGUCAUUGAUAGCAAUUCUAGAACAAGCAAACAUGGAAAAGAAAAUGUGCGGAUUCGAAGAAAUAUUGAAAAAAAUGUGGACGACAAACAUCUGGAGCAACUGCUAUAUUUCUUAUUAACUAGAACAGAUGCUAGAGACGGAUCAGAUUGUGAUAGAUAUUACUCGAAGAAAGAUUCUGAGGAAAAAUUUAGCACGCAACCAAUUCCGCUCCUUUUAUUACCAAAAAAUAAAUUUCCAUUGAACACCAACCUAUUUCAGAAAUCAAAAAACUACUUAGCUUCCUUACGGAGAAACUUCAAUAUGAAUGAGAACGAUGAGAAAAAAUACAAGUCAAAAUAUAUUUUUUUUACACCAACUAAGAAUAUGUAUCCGUACGAAAUGUUGAAAACGAAGAAUUACGAUAAUUCUCUAGAACAUUCCGAGGUUCCUGCAAGAUGCCAUAAUCAGUAUCCACUUACAACAAAAAUAACAGAUUCGAUAAAUCAAUAUCCGAGUGUUGAAGAAUACUCAGAAAAAUCUGAAGAUUUUUCGGAUUUUUUACAUAAAGAUACAGGAAGUAUUUCAGAUGAAGAGAUUUAUACAUCAAAAAGUGAGCAAGAUGCCUCAGCAAGCAUCGAAUAUAAUGAAUCCGAUUAUGAAUUAGAAAAGGAAGAUGAAGAAUAUAGAGAUAUGAGCAAAGAAAUUGAUAAGAGUUUAGAAACGAAAAACCAAAUACGAUUUAAUAAUCGUGAAAUGUUUUUUCUACUUCCCUGGAAUCAUGAGAGCAAAAGACAUCGAAGGGAUAUUAAUAAACGCACAGAUCAAGUGAAACGCGAGGUACAAUCAGAAUCAAACGAGAACGAAAAUAUUGAAUAUUUGAAUGAAAAUAAUAUUGAUAAAGAAAAAGAGAAAACGACAGGAAAGAAAAAUACAAAAGCAAAUUAUUUACAACCAUUUUCUAUGAUAGAUACAAAAUAUCAUGAUGAACUUCUUGAGCAUUUUAUAAAAAUUCAUAAAAAGAAUGACUUAUAUACUAAUAAAAUUUCUUCAACAAAAUACGAAGAAACAGAUAAAAAUUUAGAAAAUAAUAUCUUGAAAAAGUUACCAAUUCUCGUGGAAGAAACAAUUCCAAAGUUGCAAAAUGUAAUUAUCGACGGCUUGGAAGAGGCCCAAAAUCUUACAGAAUCCGUGGAACAAUUGGUCAAUAAUUUAAAGGAGUCCAACAAAACUUUGGAAUCGGAUGAAGACAAAUAUUCGAGAAAUCAAAUUUCAGAAACUACCAGCAAUGCUUUUAAAAUUGCCAUUAUAAACGUAAAAAAAUUUUUCGACGGAAUUUCCCGAAUUUUUAUAUAAAUUAAAACAUUAUAAUUUUAUAUAUUG